UCUGCUGGAGAUAACGACUACUCCGUAAUUGACACGUGGACUUUCGGAUCUUAUUGUCUCUUUUGUAAACUCUUCGACGACGACUAUUUAGACAGUGUCCACUGGAGCAGGAGAGAGAGAGAGAGAGAGAGAGAGAGAGGAGGAAGAAGAAGAAGAAGAAGAAAGGAAUGGAAAGGUACGAGAUAGUGAAGGAUAUUGGGUCUGGGAAUUUUGGGGUUGCAAAGCUGGUGAAGGACAAAUGGAGUGGCGAGCUCUUUGCUAUCAAGUUCAUUGAGAGAGGCCAGAAGGUGCUGUUAACACCAAACGAUUUAGCAAUUGUGAUGGAAUAUGCUGCUGGGGGAGAACUUUUUGAAAAAAUAUGCAAUGCUGGUCGAUUCAGCGAGGACGAGGCAAGAUAUUUUUUUCAGCAGCUGAUAUCAGGAGUCAGUUAUUGUCAUUCAAUGCAAAUUUGCCACAGAGAUCUUAAAUUGGAGAACACUCUUCUGGAUGGAAGCUCGGCGCCGCGUCUCAAAAUUUGCGAUUUUGGUUAUUCCAAGUCAUCUGUGUUGCAUUCCCAACCGAAAUCAACUGUUGGAACACCGGCAUACAUUGCACCGGAAGUCCUGUCAAGAAAAGAGUAUGAUGGGAAGAUUGCGGAUGUUUGGUCCUGUGGGGUUACCUUAUAUGUCAUGCUUGUUGGUGCUUAUCCCUUUGAAGAUCCAGAAGAUCCAAGAAAUUUCAGAAAAACACUUCAGAGGAUUCUUAGUGUCCACUAUUCAAUUCCGGGCUAUGUACGUGUUUCCAUGGAAUGCAGACAUCUCCUUUCCCGAAUCUUCACUGCUAACCCUGAAAAGAGAAUAACCAUCCCUGAAAUAAAGCAGCAUCCAUGGUUUCUAAAAAACAUCCCAGUAGAAUUCAUGGAGGAAAAUGGCCUCCCAAACAAUGACCAAAAUUAUGAAUCAUCAUCCCAAAGCAAUGAAGAAAUAUUGGCAAUAAUUCAAGAAGGUAGAAAAGCUGCUGCGAACGGCGCCAAAUAUGGCGGACGUUUACUUGGGAGCAUGGAUCUUGAUGAGUUAGACGAUGCUGACAUAGAUGAUAUAGAGACAAGUGGUGAUUUUGUUUGUGCGUUAUGAGUGCAAGUUCGUACCAGGAUUUUCCAGUACGCUCGGGUGCAUCCUAUACACAAGAUUAUUGUAGAAUUUCGGUUUGUAUCAUAUAUACAGCUUUUGCAUUUUGCAGCUGCAGGAGGCCAAAUGCUAUUUCCCAAAAGCAGUUGGAGAUAAGGCGGUUUUUUCGUGACAUAUUGGGGAAUCAAACUGUUUCUUUAGAGAGUGAUGCAUAUUUUACUUUGCUUAGAAGUUUGCUGUCUAGGUCAAUUGUGUGAACUGGCAUUUCCAUUGUAGGCUGUUGCUUCUUAGGUUUGUAAUUUGCAAAAUUUUCAUAACGACUUGUUGCCCGAGCGUUUCAAAGCGUUUAUUCUUGCAUCUAAGGUUCUAUGUUUGAAUCCCUCACCCCCCCCCCCCCGGGCGGCGAUAUGGUUUGUAUCAAAACAAAAUUGUAGAUUUUGAUAUUCUGUUAGCUUGUGACGUAAGCAUUCAUUUAUAGUAGAGUGGACAAAAUCAUAUGUUCA